AUGAUUCAUCACGGUCAUUUCGCAAGUGAGGUAAUCAAGAAACGCCUCGAAGAGCUUCACGCUUUGUGGGACAAACUCUUCUUCAAACUGAAAGAUAAAGGCCUUAAGCUUCAACAGGCACUGAAGCUACUACAAUUCAUUCGACAAUGUGACGAACUGCUUUACUGGAUUAGGGAUAAGGAGGCAUACGUGACUGCCGAAGACAUGGGCAUGGAUUUGGAGCACGUUGAAGUACUUCAGCGAAAAUUCGAAGAUUUUUUGAAAGAGCUAGGGAAUCAUCAUUAUCGUAUCAGCGAGAUCAACCAAGCUGCUGACAAGCUUGUAGAAGAUGGUCACGCUGAGCAUGACCAGAUUUAUAAGAAACGAGACGAGGUGAAUGAGGCUUGGCAUCGUUUGAAUACACUUGCAGCCAACAGGAAGGAAUGUCUCUUUGGGGCUCAUCAAGUGCAACGCUUCAAUCGUGACGCCGAUGAAACCCUAGCUUGGAUCGCAGAGAAGGACGCCACUUUGUCGAGCGAUGAUUACGGCCGUGACCUUAACAACGUUCAAGCCCUGCAACGCAAGCAUGAGGGCACAGAAAGAGAUCUGGCUGCUCUCGAAGGAAAGAUGCAUCAAUUGGAAAAGGAGUCUGCCAGACUUUCAGAAACGCAUCCGGAUCGCGCUGAUGCAAUCGACGCAAAGAUGCGUGAGGCCACCGGGCAGUGGAACGCUCUCAAAAAAAAGGCUCAGUCCCGUAAGGAAGGCCUUGAUCGCAGUUUACAAUUGCAUCGCUUUCUUGCUGAUUACAGAGAUUUAUGCUCAUGGAUCAAUGACAUGAAGGCUGUUAUCUCGGCCGAUGAGUUGGCUAAGGAUGUUGCAGGUGCCGAAGCACUGUUGGAGAGCCACCAAGAGCACAAAGGAGAAAUUGAUGCUCGAGAAGAUAGCUUCAACCAGACAGCUUUUUCCGGUCAAAGUCUUCUUGAUAUGAGGAUUCCAGAAAGCGAAGAGGUACGUCUAAAGCUGGAACAUCUUGCUCAUGAGAAAGCUGCUCUGUUGGCCCUUUGGGAAGAACGUCGAAUUUUGUACGAACAGUGCAUGGAUCUUCAACUAUUCUAUCGCGACACUGAACAGGCUGAGACAUGGAUGAAUAAACAGGAGGCUUUUCUCGCUAAUCAGGACCUUGGUGACUCUCUUGAUGCUGUUGAGUCACUCAUCAAGAAGCACCAAGAUUUUGAAAAGUCCCUUGCUGCCCAGGAAGAGAAAAUUAAUGCACUCGAUGAGUUUGCCACGAAACUUAUCCAAGGUCAGCACUACGCCGCAGACGACGUUUCAAGAAGGCGUCAAGCCCUUCUUGACAGACGACGUCGUCUUUUGGACCAUGCUGCUGAUCGCGCUCGUCAGCUGCAUGAGAACUACAAAAAGCAGACUUUCAACCGGGACUGUGACGAAAUGGAGAGCUGGAUCAAAGAGAAGCUGAAGACUGCUAAGGAUGAGUCCUAUCUCGAUCCAACGAACAUUCGCGGUAAACUUCAGAAGCACACUAAUUUCGAACAAGAGCUCAAGGCCAAUCGAAAUCGUUUGGAUGAGAUCAACGACACAGGCGCUCAGAUAAUUGAGAGUGAUCACCCUGAAGCUGGCGAUGUUCACCGUCGUCUGCAAGAUGUAGAUAAGCUGUGGAAUGAACUUGUGGAUGCCACCAACAAGAAAGGGGCAAAACUUCGCGAAGCCGGCGACGAGCAACAGUUCAAUCGCAAUAUUGAAGACGUAGAGUUAUGGCUUAGCGAGCUUGAAGGACAGAUUGCGUCUGAGGACUUUGGGAAAGAUCUUGUAUCGGUGCAGAAUCUUCAAAAGAAGAUUGCACUCCUCGAGAGCGAUUAUCUGGCACAUCAAGAUCGUGUGGAUGGGAUCAGGCUUUUGGCCAAGAAAUUUGCUGACGAUGAACAUUUUAACGCUCCGGUAAUAAUUCGGAAACAGGAAGCUUUGCAGACACGUUUCCAGAACCUCCAUGAACCCCUUGAAAAGAGGAAAAACAAGCUAGCUGAAUCUCUUCAAGGUAAUCAGCUGUUCCGAGACAUUGAAGAUGAACUAGCAUGGAUCCGAGAGAAAGAGCAGGUAGCUGGCUCUACCAACCGUGGUCGUGACUUGAUUGGAGUCCAGAACCUUAUCAAGAAACAACAGGCGCUCAUAGCUGAGAUUGCCAAUCAUGAGGGUCAAAUUGAUGGUGUCUGCAAGACAGCUGAAGACAUGAUACAACAAGGGCAUUUUCUUGCUCCAGAGAUUCGUGAUAAGCUUGCACAACUCCGCGAUAACUGGAGAAUUUUGAAAUCGAAGGCCGAGAAGCGACGUCUCGAGCUUGAUGACUCUCUACAGGCACACCAAUACCUAGCUGAUGCUAACGAAGCCGAGUCAUGGAUGACUGAAAAGGAACCAGUUGUCGGUUCCACUGACUAUGGAAAAGACGAGGACUCAGCUGAGGCACUCCUUAAAAAACAUCGAGCCUUGAUGUCGGACCUGGAUGCUUUCAGAGGAACCAUUGAUGACCUUAGGAAACAGGCAGCACAGUGCAAAUAUCAAGAACAACCAGUGGGACAACUUGGUCGCGAUUGUGUUCUUGCGCUCUAUGACUACCUGGAAAAAUCCCCCCGUGAGGUGUCCAUGAAGAAAGGCGAUGUUCUCACUCUUUUGAAUGCCUCGAACAAAGAUUGGUGGAAGGUGGGUAACGAUAUAUGUACUGGUUUCUUACGUACAUACAUACAUACAUAA